AUGGAUGAGACUGAAUCAUCAAAAUUAUCUUUAGCAGCCUAUUCAGAUUAUGUUGAUUAUACACCAAGACGUUUAGGAGGUGCAACCCCUUCACCAUAUAGGAUUCAUAAGCACAACGAUAUAUUAGACGAAUUACCUUCUACAAGCUUCACUUAUGCAAAGCAACGAUUAUCAAAUCACUAUUAUCAAAUUGCUCAUUCAGAACAAAGAAAAAACAAUGCAGAUGAUACGGAGUAUAUGGAUACACCUAUUGUUCGACAUUAUCUUGGUAUAAAUGAAAAUGUUGCAGAUGUUGAAUCAAAUUCUUCGGCAACACAGACAAUUGAUUUACUACAAAAACAAAAGCGAAUAAAUGAAUUAAAAAGAAAGACAAAAUGGACUAUCGAAGACUUUGAAGUGGGUCGCCAUUUAGGAACAGGCAAAUUUGGAGUAGUUUAUUUAGCACGAGAAAAGUAUUCAGAACAACUUGUUGCAUUAAAGGUACUAAAGAAGAAACAGUUGGAAAAAGCAGAUGUGGUUCAUUUUUUGAAAAGAGAAAUAGAGAUACAAGCUCAUUUAGACCAUGAAAAUAUAACCCAUCUUUACGGUUACUUUCAUAAUCAAGACUUUAUUUAUCUUGUAUUAGAAUAUGGUGGUGAUAGUGAUCUUCAUACGUGCUUACAAGCAUAUAAGAAGUUCUCAGAAUCUGAAACUGCAAAUUAUAUAGUAGAAAUUGCUAAUGCAAUGGCUUAUAUGCAUGGACUCGGCGUAUUUCAUCGAGACCUAAAAUUAGAGAAUAUUUUAAUUAGCAAGGAAGGUACAUUGAAGAUAGCCGAUUUUGGUUGGGCAGUUUAUGAUCCAAGACCAAGACGAAGAACAUUCUGUGGUACAUUAGACUAUUUAUCACCAGAAAUGGUUCAACAAAAAUAUCAUAACGAAGCAGUAGAUGUAUGGGCAUUAGGUGUAUUAGCUUAUGAAUUAUUAGUGGGAAAGGCUCCUUUUGAAAACGAAAACGAUAGUGAUAAAGUUGAUCCCGAGGUUAUUUAUAAACGAAUUAUAGAAGCAAAAAUUUUGUUUCCAAGCUAUCUUAGUUCAGGAGCUAGACAGUUUAUCUCGAAGGUAAAAUUAAAAAUUAAAAUAAGAAAUGAAGACUUAAUUCUUACACCUAAUUUAGUUAUUGCAAAAAGAUCCUGCUUUACGUAUGAAAAUGAAAGAUGUAGAAAAUGA